AUUAACCUGUAAUUUGAAUGUUUGUCAUACGUAGUGUAAGAGUAAAAACAAAACGUAAUUCUUAAUUUAAAAUUUCAAAAGAAUGGGUGGUGAUAAAAAAAGGAGAUCCCGAAGUAAGGAAAGGCAUGAUAUUAAAGAUUGGGACAGAGAUCGUAUUAGAGAGAGGGAAAGGAAACGUUCGAGAUCAAGAAGCAAAGAUCGGAGUCAUAAACGGCAUCGUUCACGAUCGAGAGAUAAAUAUGAAUCUUCUAAUCGUUAUGAUAAACAUGAUACAAAAUACGACAAGCAUUCGAAAAGUGAUAGAAACGAUAGAGACAGAAAAGAUGAUAGAAAGAAAGAUGAGAAAGACCCCAAAUCACGCCAAAAAUCCCCAACUCCUGUUGAUGAGGAUUCUAAAAAUACUUUAAAAAAGGAACAAACUGCUACAAAUGCGAAAAAAGAACCUUUAUCACUUGAAGAGCUAUUGGCCAAAAAAAAAGCUGAAGAAGCUGCAAAAAGUAAGCCUGUGUUCUUAACUAAAGAACAAAGAGCAGCAGAGGCAAUUAAGAGACGAGAAGAGGAGAUUGCUCAAAAGAGAAAACAACAAGAAGAUGAAAAGAAAUUAAUUCAGAAUAUUCAAACCUGUAGAAUAGAAGAACAGAGAAAAGAAGAGAGAGAAUUCAGAAGACCUCGAGAUAGGGAAUUGAAGGAAGAGGAAAAACAAAAGGAUAAAGAUAAGGAACGAGAACAGGAUGCUAUUAAGGAGAGAUAUUUAGGUUUAGUAAAAAAGAAAAGACGAGUGAGAAGGCUAAAUGACAGAAAAUUUGUCUUUGAUUGGGAUGCUGGGGAAGAUACAUCAACAGAUUAUAACAACAUAUAUAAAGAACGCCACCAGGUUCAAUUUUUCGGUAGAGGUAACUUGGCAGGAAUAGACAUAAAAGCCCAGAAACGGGAUCAAAGUAAAUUCUAUGGAGAGCUCCUGGAGAAAAGAAGAACAGAAGCAGAGAAAGCUCAAGAAAAAGUCAGGCUCAAGAAGGUUAAGAGGAAGGAAGAAAAGCAAUUGUGGGAUGAUCGACACUGGUCUGAAAAAGAAAAUACAGAAAUGACGGAAAGAGAUUGGAGAAUUUUUAGAGAAGACUACAACAUUACAAUUAAAGGUGGAAAGAUUCCAGAACCUAUAAGAAAUUGGAAAGAAUCUGGUAUUCAAAAAGAACUGCUAGAAAUUAUUGAUAAGGUCGGUUACAAAGAUCCCACUCCUAUCCAAAGACAGGCAAUACCCAUAGGUAUGCAAAAUCGUGACAUUAUCGGUGUUGCUGAAACAGGUUCCGGAAAAACUCUAGCAUUCCUUAUACCAUUGCUAUCUUGGAUACAGUCUCUUCCGAAGAUUGAGAGGAAUGAAGAUGCCGAUCAAGGACCAUACGCUAUCAUUAUGGCGCCAACUCGUGAAUUGGCUCAACAGAUAGAAGAGGAAACUGUUAAGUUCGGUCAACCUUUAGGAAUCAGAACUGUGGUAGUUGUAGGAGGUCUUAGUAGGGAAGAACAAGGUUUCAGACUGAGAAUGGGUUGCGAAAUCGUAAUCGCAACACCUGGUCGAUUGAUUGACGUGUUGGAGAAUCGUUACUUGGUGUUGAACCAGUGUACCUAUAUAGUUCUGGAUGAAGCCGAUAGAAUGAUAGAUUUAGGUUUUGAACCCGAUGUACAGAAAAUUCUGGAACACAUGCCUGUAACUAACCUGAAACCAGAUACGGAAGAGGCUGAAGAUAGUCAAGUACUCCUAGCAAAUUAUAACAGUAAGAAGAAGUACAGGCAAACUGUGAUGUUUACAGCUACUAUGCCCCCUGCGGUAGAAAGAUUGGCCAGAACGUACUUAAGGAGACCAGCUGUUGUUUAUAUUGGUUCUAUUGGUAAGCCUGUCGAGAGAGUGGAACAAAUCGUUCAUAUUAUGGGAGAAAAUGACAAAAGACGUAAACUCAUCGAGUACUUGUCUAAGGGUGUUGAUCCACCUAUUAUUAUAUUCGUCAACCAAAAGAAGGGGGCAGAUGUUUUGGCUAAAGGCCUCGAGAAAUUGGGUUAUAACGCUUGUACGCUCCACGGUGGUAAAGGUCAGGAACAGAGAGAAUACGCCUUGGCCAGUCUUAAAUCGGGAUCCAAAGAUAUUUUGGUUGCUACCGAUGUGGCCGGAAGAGGUAUCGAUAUCAAAGAUGUAUCGAUGGUCAUCAAUUACGACAUGGCAAAAACAAUUGAAGACUAUACCCAUCGUAUUGGAAGAACUGGUAGAGCUGGAAAAGCUGGUAUUGCUGUCAGUUUUUGUACCAAUGAUGAUUCAGCUUUAUUCUAUGAUCUUAAACAGAUGCUCCUAUCGUCUCCUGUUUCAAAUUGCCCUCCAGAAUUAAUGAAUCACUCUGAGUGCCAAAUGAAGCCCAAUCAACCUAAGAGGAGAAGAGAUGAAAUGAUUUUUGCUUGAUUUUGAUGUUCGAAUGCAGGAAUUCUAUAUUUAAAAAUUUUAGAAUGUUUUCUUUGUAUUUGGAAUUAAAAUUAGUUUCAAUUA